AUGGAUGUUGUAGGCUCUGUCGCCUCUAUUAUACAGCUAAUAGAGGUUACCGGCAAAGUCAUCAACUAUUGCGCUGCUGUAAUUGGCGCAUCCAAGAUGAUCGAUGAUCUUGGUCAUACAGCCAGUACGAUGCUUCAAUUUCUAUAUGAAGUCAAGCGACAGGUCAUUACCGACUCUACAACUCGUAGCCCCUUAGGGCUGGAGGAGCUCAUCAAAGACCUAGAAACAUGCAUGAUCAAUCUGGCUCGGCAAUUUGAAAAGUUGAGCCCUAAGGGCCUCUUGCAAAGAGUACGUUUCGUCCAUAUGGACAAGGACAUAGAGAAGACCAUCAACAAGGCGGCACGCAUGAAUGGAUUGAUUGGUUCAUGGCUCUCACUCGACACCAAUCAGAAGACCAAGACGAUUGAUGAGGGUGUCAAAGCACUCAACAGCAGCGUGGAGGAAGAGAAUAUCCGGGGUAAAAUGGACCGGAUUGUGCACCACUUCGCUCCGGUUAGCUUUUCAGAGAAACACAGCAACGUUCUCCAACAGAGACAAGAUGAAACCAACCAGUGGUUCCUUCAGUCCCCUGAGUUCCAAGACUGGAUGCAGUCUAGUGGGUCGACCCUAUGGUGUUCAGGAGCACCCGGUGCCGGCAAGACAGUCAUGGCUUCAACAGCCAUCGAGUAUCUUUAUGAGAAGGUCAAAGGAAGUGAUACUAGCAGCUUGGCAUAUGUCUACUGCGACUAUCGUCAGCGGCAAGACCAGAAAGCAUCGAUACUGCUCGGUAAUAUAUGGGCUCAACUUUUUCUUCGACGGGGACCCUCUGCGACUGAGGUUGAGCAAAUGUUCGGAGAGAUUUUCGCGCGCUUUGACUUCACGCCGAAUAGAACACAUAUGAUCAAUUUGAUAAGAGAAGAGCUGACUAAUGGGGAUUGGAAGCGAGUCUAUAUCGUUGUCGACGCCCUUGACGAAUGUAGCGACGAAAAUGAACGUAACGGGUUCAUAGACGGUCUCCAUAGUUUGCAGCCUUUAGUGAAUGUGUUGGUCACAUCUCGGACCCUUCAUUCUGACAACGGGGGAUUCAACGACGUGAGGUCCAUUUGGUUUACACCAACCAAUGAAGACAUGGGCAUUUACAUCGAUGCGCGAAUACGAGAAUCAAAGAAGAUAUCUAGUUACGUCGAACGAAAACCAGAAUUAGCAAAGGAAAUACGACGCAUCGUGAUCGACAGAGCUAACGGAAUGUUUCUUCUUUGUAGGAUGCAUCUCGACUCCUUGAGUAGGUCAAUUACACUGAAGGAUCUGAAAAGGGAGCUCAGCCGCAUACCCAAGGGCGAAAACGUGGUGAAGGAUACGUAUGACCAAGCCAUGUCGCGUAUCCGAGAUCAGGGUGUCAACAUCGAGGAAUUUGCCUUGCGGGUCAUUCGCUGGGUCUGCUUCGCUAGGCGACCGCUUAAACUCGCCGAGCUCUUGUGCGCGCUUGCCGUUAGUCCGGAUGACGAGGAGUUAGAUGAAGAUGCUGUCGGCGACGAAAGCGAUAUUGCAAACUAUUGCGCUGGUCUUGUCGUCGUGGAAGGCGAUAGCAAAACUGUUAGAUUCGUUCACUAUACCACGCAGGAAUAUUUCAAUUCCGUUAGAGAAAGCGAAGAGUUCGCUCACAGUCACGGGGACAUAGCGUUGACCUGCAUAACUUUCCUCGGGCUUAAUGACAUUACCCUGUCGAAAGGUGGAUAUGUGGCCCAGAUGUGGCCCUCACAAGAAGAGACGCCAUUUUUAGCGUAUGCGGCUCUAAAUUUCGGAUAUCACUGCGGUCGGGAGGCCGAAGUCCUAGGCUCGGGAGAGUCUGACGUUUCAAGCGAGACUACGGAACUGUUACUUGAAUUCCUAAAGCGCCCAGAGCAUGUUAAUCGUGCCGCUAUAACUAUUCUUCUACACCUUGGGGGAAGAGUUUCGUCAGUUAUGCAGGAAAUUGACCUUCGCAAUGCUCUUUUUACGAAAGCCGUCGCAAUGGAUGUUGCCGCGUUCUUUGGCUUGAUUAGGAGCGACGCGGACCGUCCUUUUACAGUAAGCCUCGAGUGGUUGAUAGAAAACACAGAACAGGCAGGCGAUCCUAAUGAGAACUGGUUCGGAAACUCGCUUCACUGGGCUUGCCUCAACGAUUCUGUUCAAUCCAUUGAAGCACUCCUAAGCAGCCCAAGCAUCAAAUUAGAUGCAAACCAAGCGAUACAGCAUCCUAUAGGUUGGCAGCCCGCAGUUUUUGCAGUUGGUUAUGGAUCUCUAGGUGCUCUCCAGGUCCUCUUGGGCUACGGCGUCGAUAUAUAUGCGCACUGUGAACAUGAGUGGUCCACGACUCUUCUCGAAGAAGCCAUAAGAUGGGCCCACGCUGCGAAGGGGUCUAAGACCGAAUUAAUAGAUGCAAUAAUGGAAAAGGACACGAUUAGCAAGCUGCUUAUCCAGCACGACGUGUAUUGGAGCACCGCGCUUAUGGAGGCUGUUAAUACAACUGACUUCAGCGUCUUUGAAUGUAUUAUGGGACAUUACGAAAAGACUCAAUGGCCUCCAGGACGUAGAGAAAAAGUCAUUCUCACCGGGAAUUUUGAAUGGAAGACGGCGCUACAUUUAGCUGCUAGCGACUCCUCUUUCAGCGUCAAGAACCCCGAUAAGACCGCGAUCUCUGGCCCUCAACGGAUACUCGAUGCACUCUUGGACAGCUCAUACGCCAACGGCCUAUUGCAGAGGCGCGAUAGAAAAGGCGAUACACCAUUCGAGGCAGCCAUUCGCCGCAACCAUAUUCAAGCUGUCGACACAAUAUUGGCCAAAAACGGUCAGCAUAAAUUCGUCGACUUCUAUCCCUCGCAAGUACUCUCCGGAUUAUACCUUGCCGCAAGGACCUGUGGUCCUACGAUGAUCAACCUAUUAUUAGAAAACCUUACCCCCGACCUGCUGAAUAGACCCGGCGAGAACGGUGUAUUACAUUACGCUGCUGGAGGGAAUAAACCCGAGAAUACGGAAUUCUUGAUACAGAAAUUCGCAAACCUCCAGCUUUAUAACAUUCCGGAUUCUAAAGGAAACCUGCCCCUUCAUUAUGCAGCAAAGAGUGGCAAUCUAGAUGCCGUGAUCGCAUUGCUGAAGCAGGAUGGAAUCCAAGUCGAUUCGCGGAAUCAAUGCGGUCAGACUGCGCUACACCUAGCGACCGACGAUAACUUAGCCGAUAUAUGUUCGAGGCUUUUGAAAGCUGGCGCCAAUAUUAAUAUCAAAGACAACAAGGGUAUUACGCCACUUCAUGUAGCGAUCCAAAGACGAUUCUCGGACAUAGUAGGUAUCAUGGCCACUUACCACUUAUCGCCAGAGCCCGGCAACUUAAGCGCAGAUGACACCGCAUGGCUGCAACAACAACCACGGGGAAAUAGCAUACUUCGCAGAUCUUCAACCACUCCUAAUCCAAAUGCUAGCGUAGAAUACUGGCCAAAGCAAGAGGAAGACAUCAUAACAGCAGCAUUAUGUCUGAGAAGGAAGCUGAGACGGCAGAACUCACCCCUAUCAAAAUCAUGCCACCGAACCCAUACAUCAACAUACUUAGCUUCGUUUAUCCUGGAUUUAGCAGAGUACUGGAUCCGAUCAAGCAGCACGCGAAUCAGUAUCGAUAAAGGCGGGGAAGUCCGACGAUGGGGCGACCCCGUAAUCCCGUACUUAACUAGCCAAGCCAUCACCAGCCUAUCCACCAAGCCCGUCCGACGCGUAGAAUUCGAAAUCACAGGCCACGACCAAGGAUACUGCUCGAACCCGGCGCGGGGCGAGAGCUGGACCUGGUUCACAGCGGACGUGCAUCGGCGAGAGAACUCGGUGUUCGCGCAGGAGCUGUCGGGGCCUCAGGACCAAGGCACAACGAACCACGAGAUCUACCUCGCGCACAACCGCGGCGCGAACCGCACCUGGCACACGCAUAAGCUGGUCUGGAGCCUAGCCGAUCCCGAGGUGACGGAUGCCGAGCGCGGGACUUGGAUUAAAGGAUUGAUGCCCGGGGAUCGGGUCGUGGUUCUCCCGCAUGCGAGAUACCCCGGCUGGGAGAACUGGGUCCGUAGGAUGAGGAUUGAUAUCUAUACCACGUGCCUGAGGAAUGAUUUAGAUUUAGACUGGACGGCUAGUGCUGCUACGAGCACUGAGUCGUUGCCGCAGUACGAACUUCUGGAUUCUUAA